CCCACUACUAGCGAUAUUCGAAACCAUCACUCUACGAAAUGUCUUCAAAACGCAAGUGGGCCGAUGCACCAGAGGAUGGCGAGUCUCCAGCUAAAGUCGCAAAGGUGGAGGAAGGCAAGAGUCCGUCAAAUCCUGCUGCCGCCGCCGCUGCCAUCGCCGCCAAAAUUGCAGCACAGUUCAGCGCAGGGACGACAAGUAAUGGGGGCUCGACACCUGGACAAAAAGACCCUUUCGACGCUGAGUUCACGCAUGAUAUCGACAUCAACGAUGUCAGGAAUCGCUAUAUGUUAACGAAGGGGUCGACGCAAACACAGAUUCACGAAGAGACUGGAGCCUCUAUCAGCACGAAGGGUGUGUGGUAUCCAGACCGGGCAAAGGCGACUGAGAAGGAUCCACCGCUGUAUCUGCAUAUUGCUGCUACUACCAAGGAAAUUCUGCAGAAGGCGGUCGACAAAGUGAACGAGCUCAUCUCAAUUGAUAUGGGCUCUUUGGUUGAUGAUAAGAAGGACGGUCGUCGUGAAAGACGAAAAUGGCCGGAGGAAAAAAUACCAGUUGGUCUUGAGUCUAUCCGUAACUUCAACGUUCGCGCAAAAGUCGUUGGACCUACGGGCAUGUUCGUCAAGUAUAUACAACAGGAGACUGGCACUCGGGUGCAGAUCAAGGGGCUCGGAUCAGGUUUCGUUGAUCAAGAGACAGGUCGAGAAUCGGAUGAACCCAUGCAUAUUCAUAUAACGCGAGGCCAGGUCGCGCGCGCGAAAGUUCUGACUGACGAUCUGCUCGAAGUUGUCCGCGACGAGCAUGCCAAAGUGAAAGCCGUCAUUCACCAACAACAGAUGGAGCUCCAUCAAGCGCAAGCCCAGUACGCCGCUUACAGCGCCUUCGCCGUAUGUAUAGGUUAUGUACCCCCUCCUCCGUCCGGCGCACCACCACCACCUCCGCCAGGAGAUCAGCCGCCGCCACCACCUCCAGAUGGUGGUGUCCCUCCCGCCCCUCCUAUGGGCGGAGCAACGCCCUCUGCCGCUGGCCCUCCAGCGGCAACGGACACGGAUGCAUUUGCCGCAUACUGGGCUGCGUAUGGCUACGACGUCAAUUCGCCGCAGUUCAAAGAAUGGCAAGCGAGUCAAUCGCAAUAUGCCCAAUACUACGCACAAGGAUACGGUGGGCAAGAAGGCGCACCUCCACCAAGUGAACCAGCACCACCUCCCUCAUAAUGAUCUCACGGCUUUCUUCGUGGCAUCUUUUUUUGUUUGGCUGAUCUUUCUACACAACGCUAGUGGAACAGUUGGUGAUGACGCGACUGGUCCUCUUUCAGUUCAAAACUAGCUGCGCAUAAUUCGAUGCUCAUUCAUUUAGGGAUUAUACUCGUCCUUGUUCUCAUCUGACUUUGUAUGUAGCACGUCUGCUUUUGUAGUAGCCUUCCAUCUUCUGUGCUGCCUCUCCCCUCAGCCUCUC